UCCCAUUACUUCAGUGGAAGAGUGGUUUAGAAAUAAGUUUCAUGUUUACUGGUAAACCAAAUGUUACUAUCGUUUUUGUUCGUUUUGAGUACGUUUCACGAGGGGCAGAGUGAUCUAAAGAUAAAUGGUUUGUCCAAGUUUCAAGCUAUAUCACUCCUAAAACGGAAUAGUCCACUAAGCGGACAAUCGGAUACUGCAAGACUGCUUUGCACAGACGAAAAUACGAACUCUUUAGAUAAAGACACAAAUACACCGCUGCAGCUAGCAGCUUGGGAGGGUAGUUUACCUGCAGUUACCGCACUGGUGGAGAGUGGAGCAAAUGUCAACACAAGAAACAGAAACGGGGACACUCCACUACACCACGCUGCUCAUAAGGGGUUCGUGGACAUCGUGAAACUUCUUUGCUCCUUUCAUGCCAAUGCAACUGUCACAAAUAAGGAUCUUAACACGCCACUUUAUACGGCGAUUUCCAGUGGCCACUUGGAAACCGUAAAAGCGCUGGUAGAUUGUGGUGCAGAUGUUCAAGCUAAAAAUGCGGAUGGGGCAACUGCCCUCCAUGUGGCCGCCACGCGAGGACUUUCCGAUAUAAUCAAGUUUCUGAAAUCACGGGGUGCGGACGUAGACUCCACGAACAAAGACACAAAUACACCGCUGCAGCUAGCAGCUUGGGAGGGAAGUUUACCUGCAGUUACCGCACUGGUGGAGAGUGGAGCAAAUGUCAACACAAGAAACAGAAAUGGGGACACUCCACUACACCACGCUGCUCAUAAGGGGUUCGUGGACAUCGUGAAACUUCUUUGCUCCUUUCAUGCCAAUGCAACUGUCACAAAUAAGGAUCUUAACACACCACUUUAUACGGCGAUGAUGAGUAACCACUUAGAAACGGUAAAAGCGCUAGUAGACUGUGGUGCAGAUGUUCAAGCUAAAAAUGCGGAUGGGGCAACUGCCCUCCAUGUGGCCGCCAUGCGAGGACUUUCCGAUAUAAUCAAGUUUCUGAAAUCACGGGGUGCGGACGUAGACUCCACGAACAAAGACACAAAUACACCGCUGCAGCUAGCAGCUUGGGAGGGUAGUUUACCUGCAGUUACCGCACUGGUGGAGAGCGGAGCAAAUGUCAACACAAGAAACAGAAAUGGGGACACUCCACUACACCACGCUGCUCAUAAGGGGUUCGUGGACAUCGUGAAACUUCUUUGCUCCUAUCAUGCCAACGCAAGUGCCACAAAUAAGGAUCUUAAAAAGCCACUUUAUACGGCGAUGAUGAGUAACCACUUAGAAACGGUAAAAGCGCUAGUAGACUGUGGUGCAGAUGUUCAAGCUAAAAAUGCGGAUGGGGCAACUGCCCUCCAUGUGGCCGCCAUGCGAGGACUUUCCGAUAUAAUCAAGUUUCUGAAAUCACGGGGUGCGGACGUAGACUCCACGAACAAAGACACAAAUACACCGCUGCAGCUAGCAGCUUGGGAGGGUAGUUUACCUGCAGUUACCGCACUGGUGGAGAGUGGAGCAAAUGUCAACACAAGAAACAGAAACGGAGACACUCCACUACACCACGCUGCUCAUAAGGGGUUCGUGGACAUCGUGAAACUUCUUUGCUCCUUUCAUGCCAAUGCAACUGUCACAAAUAAGGAUCUUAACACGCCACUUUAUACGGCGAUGAUGAGUAACCACUUAGAAACGGUAAAAGCGCUAGUAGACUGUGGUGCAGAUGUUCAAGCUAAAAAUGCGGAUGGGGCAACUGCCCUCCAUGUGGCCGCCAUGCGAGGACUUUCCGAUAUAAUCAAGUUUCUGAAAUCACGGGGUGCGGACGUAGACUCCACGAACAAAGACACAAAUACACCGCUGCAGCUAGCAGCUUGGGAGGGUAGUUUACCUGCAGUUACCGCACUGGUGGAGAGUGGAGCAAAUGUCAACACAAGAAACAGAAAUGGGGACACUCCACUACACCACGCUGCUCAUAAGGGGUUCGUGGACAUCGUGAAACUUCUUUGCUCCUUUCAUGCCAAUGCAACUGUCACAAAUAAGGAUCUUAACACACCACUUUAUACGGCGAUGAUGAGUAACCACUUAGAAACGGUAAAAGCGCUAGUAGACUGUGGUGCAGAUGUUCAAGCUAAAAAUGCGGAUGGGGCAACUGCCCUCCAUGUGGCCGCCAUGCGAGGACUUUCCGAUAUAAUCAAGUUUCUGAAAUCACGGGGUGCGGACGUAGACUCCACGAACAAAGACACAAAUACACCGCUGCAGCUAGCAGCUUGGGAGGGUAGUUUACCUGCAGUUACCGCACUGGUGGAGAGUGGAGCAAAUGUCAACACAAGAAACAGAAAUGGGGACACUCCACUACACCACGCUGCUCAUAAGGGGUUCGUGGACAUCGUGAAACUUCUUUGCUCCUAUCAUGCCAAUGCAAGUGCCACAAAUAAGGAUCUUAACACGCCACUUUAUACGGCGAUGAUGAGUAACCACUUAGAAACGGUAAAAGCGCUAGUAGACUGUGGUGUAGAUGUUCAAGCUAAAAAUGCGGAUGGGGCAACUGCCCUCCAUGUGGCCGCCAUGCGAGGACUUUCCGAUAUAAUCAAGUUUCUGAAAUCACGGGGUGCGGACGUAGACUCCACGAACAAAGACACAAAUACACCGCUGCAGCUAGCAGCUUGGGAGGGUAGUUUACCUGCAGUUACCGCACUGGUGGAGAGCGGAGCAAAUGUCAACACAAGAAACAGAAAUGGGGACACUCCACUACACCACGCUGCUCAUAAGGGGUUCGUGGACAUCGUGAAACUUCUUUGCUCCUUUCAUGCCAAUGCAACUGUCACAAAUAAGGAUCUUAACAAAGCCACUUUAUACGGCGAUGAUGAGUAACCACUUAGAAACGGUAAAAGCGCUAGUAGACUGUGGUGCAGAUGUUCAAGCUAAAAAUGCGGAUGGGGCAACUGCCCUCCAUGUGGCCGCCACGCGAGGACUUUCCGAUAUAAUCAAGUUUCUGAAAUCACGGGGUGCAGACU